AUGCGUUAUAUGUCGGCUCUCUUCCUAUCCGCCAUCCUCCGCGGUUUUGUUUCAGGGCAAGACGUAGACGAGACAAAACCAGCGCCCCCUGAAGCCGCAGCAUACGAGAUUAGAAUACCCAUUGGCAACAUCUCCUCCCACCCCAGCGGCACUACUCCCCUCGGAUCUUCAGGAAUCUUCGACGUCCUCACGUCGAAAUCGUGGUCCCGCAACUCCAACCUAGCCGCGCAGUACUACCAAGACGGCACCGUCCACAACUGGCUGCGAAACGAAGAGAAGCCCAAAAUGUCCAUCAUCAAAGUAUGCGGCAAUUACUUCUACGCCCCCAACAUCUACUGGAAAGGCGGCCUCACCGGAAAGCACCUGCACCAGGACAACAAGCGCAACCAGAAGCAGUUCUACGCGGGCGUCACCCAGGCCACCCACGAAGUCAACGGCGAGUUUGUCACGCGCGACAAGCCCAUCGAGAUCAUGACGGAGAGGACCAGCUCCGCGUGCGGCUCCAUCAGCUUCUCGUGGAAGAGCAAGGGAAACUGGGGCAGACUGGGCGACAUCAUGGACCACUUUCUGAGGAUUUGGUUCGCGCCCCAGGAUACUUGUGCCGUGUCGCCCUCACACGGCGGCGGCAAUGGGCUGCUGUGCGCGCUGCCGUGUGACCCUAUUAGCCCGAUGUGGUUCCAGUCGACGAAUCUUUAUGUGAGGCAGACGAGGUGGGUGAAUGGCAAGCAAUUGUACUCGAGUGUGUACAAGCUGCGCGGGCAGUUUAAUAGCGGUGACGGCAAUGGCGGCUUGAAAAACCCGACUUGGCUGAAUGCGCAGUGCGAUGGGGAUAGGUUGUACUUUAAGGAUACUCCCAACGAUGCUACGUAUGUGGUAUUUUGGUAG